CAAAUCGCGUAACAUAUUUCAUUUUCAUUUCAUUAAACACAUUUAACGUGAAGUUUUUUGAAAUAAUACAGAAAAAUCAUUAAUAAAACAUAGCAAUAAAUUAAACAAACAAUAUGUUGCGUGCACCAACGGGUAUUUUGCAACGUUUAGCUUUGACUGAAGGCAAGACCGGCCAAUCGGGUUUGGCUUUGGAGUUUGUGAGGUGGAGGCGCAAGCCCCGUUGGCUGCCCACCGCCAAAUCAAAAUUGUUCCGUGUCCCGGAAAGAAAACAACAAACACCCGAGGAAAAGGCGGAAUUAAUGCGUUUGCAUAAUAACUACAAAACACAACUGCGUUCGGUGCGCCUGUUUUUAAGAGAGGAAAACCAACGUCUUGAUGAGACCUCAACAGCUGGUCAUUUUGUUUUAACGGCCGAACAGGAAGAGGCUGAAUUCCAACGUUGUUUGCAGGAAAAUCAAAAAUGGAAUCAAGAAAUUGCUGCAAUUAGAGAGCAACGUUUGGCCAAGGAAAGCCAAGAAAAAUCAGAAUAUGUUAAGGAACGUUUGAGAUUGGCCCAAGAACGUGAAGAGGAGAGAAUGGAAAAAAUUGAAGCUUUAGUUAAAAAGGAAAAGGAAUUAUCGAAAACCUUUAUUACCCGUGAAAAUCUCGAGGUGGCUAUCGAGCAGGCCUUGGCCAAUCCCGUUGACUAUAACUUCGCCAUAGAUAUGCGUGGCAAUAUCUACCGAGGACGCACUAAUACCCCCGGCAAUACCUCAGGUGGUCAAAAUCUGCAAACACUUUCCGAAGCUGAGGACCGUGUAGAGGUGCAAAAUUAAAACAAAUUUCAUACACACUUUUUUUAGAUUUAAGCCUCAACUAUUGUUUAUUGUUGCAAAUUAAAAAAAAUGUUAAUUUCUUUUCGUAAAACAAAAGGGUUGCGUAUAUAUAAAAUAUAAUGCCGAUAGCGCUAACAAAAAAUAGUAGACCGUUGUGAAGCUGUAUAUACAAACAUACAUGAGAAAUAAUAAUAAAAAAUCCUAAACAUAAAACGAA